CUCACUGACUCUCCUCUCGAAUUUCUCUCUCCUCUCGAUCCAAAUUUCUGUUUUCAGAUUCACAGUAGGGUUUAUCACUCCAUAAAAUCCCCAAAUCAAACUCCAUUUCCCACCAAAACUGCCAUCUUCAAAGCUAAAACCCUAGAGUGAUGAUUCGCUCUCUCUCUCUCUAGGGUUUUAUCGCAAUUGAAUUCGUUCCCGUUUUAAAGAGAGUAUUCAAAUUCCUCGAAUUCGAAGACGGCGCUGAAAGUUGCAUCAAUUGUAAGUGCUCGUAACUCAGUUGUAGGCUGAUGUGUUGGUUAAGCUCACGUAUAGAUUGAUAUAGCCACAUCUUCUUCGAUGUUAUUCCAGCUUGUAUCUAGGGUUUAUAUUUAUUUCUAGCUGCUGGUGGGGCUGGGAUUUCUAAGUUCUGUGUGUUUGUUGAGGUUUUUGGAGCUUAAGAAACCCCUAAAUGUUUCUUGAAUCUGAACAUGAGCGAUGGAGGUGAAGCUGAAGGCACGAGAGACGAACAGAAUGGUUCGAAUUUGCGAUCUGGUGCUGGUGAUUAUAGUCGAGCUAUCUCGAGAGUUGCAAUGGCUCAAAUAUGCGAGGGCGUUGGAUUUGAGGGGUUCAAUGAGUCUGCUCUGGAUUCGCUUGUUGACAUUGCGAUUAGGUAUGUCUGUGAGUUAGGUAAAACCGCGAGAUUUUAUGCGAAUUCGGCUGGUAGGACGGGCUGCAACGUCUUUGAUGUUGUCCAGGGGCUGGAAGACUUGGGGAAGCCGCAAGGGUUUACUGGUGCUUCAGAGGUUCAUACUGACUGUGUAGUGAGUUCAGGUGCUAUUAGAGAGAUCAAAGAGUAUGUAGACAUGGCUGACGAGGUGCCAUUUGCUCAACCGGUGCCACAAUUUCCUGUGAUCAGGGAACGGAGAAUGAUACCUAGUUUCUUGCAAAUGGGGGAGACUCCGGCUUUUAAGCACGUGCCACAGUGGUUGCCUGCAUUUCCGGAUGCCCACACGUAUGUACGAACACCUGUUUGGAAUGAGAGGCUUUCUGACCCUCGUACAGAUAAGAUUGAGCUAGCGAGGCAGCAUAGAAAGGCAGAGAGGUCUUUGUUGAAUCUGCAGCAGCGGCUUGUAUGUAAUGGAUCAUCAGUGGCUACAUCAUCUGCUGAACCAUGUAAUGGAGGAAAUGGAUCAGGAGUUAAUAACAAUGGGAACCUGUCUCUGGAGAAGCCGUUGGAGGCUGAGGACAUAGGCGUGUCACGGGUUAGCAUUCCCCCAAAGCUUUCUAGUCAAGCUCAGACAGAAACACUAGUUUCUUUGUUGGAGACGUUUGCUCCAGCCAUUGAGGCAAUGAAGGAUGGGCUUGAUUCCGGAAGUGAUGGCGAGAAGACUUUUCCGGAAAAGAGGGAUUCUGUGUUUUUAGAGCUCAAGGGGGGUAAAAAGGUAUUUGGUGAACCAUUGGAUUUGAGGAUUCGGAAAGCUGUAGGAAGACCAUCUUCAUGGUUCGGUCACGAGGGUGAAAAAGAUGACAAGAAGAGGAGAGUUGAGUUUAUACUACGGCAAUCUUUGGAAAACCAGCAGGAGCUUCCUCCGAUGUAAAUUUGUAGUUCCUUGAAUGACAUUGAUUGGCUAAUGUUCAAGAAAAUAGCAGUUGAUUAGAGGAUUGACAGUGUGGUGUGCUUUUCUCCUUUUUGGAGUUUGGUGGCCUUGUUCUUGAAGAACUACAGUUGGAACGUAUUUUUGGAAUGUAUCCAAUUCUUGUGUUGGUCAGUAUGACUGUACAUUGCAUAUGCUAGAAGAAUAGCAAAUGGACUGUGGCGAUAAAGUGUGACUAGGAUAUGAAUGCAAGCGCAAUGCUGCAACCCCACCAGAAACUUCCUCGACUCGCCACUGCCACUGCCACAGGUCACGAUUGAGAAAUGCCUGCUCUUGGUGCCACAACUAGUCAUCCGAGACCGCAUUCUACAACCGAUGAGGAACUUUGGCAGGAACUAUAGGUGUAGUUGUCUAUGAAUACAAGUCACAGGACACAUGCUUAUUUUGUCUUCAUCAGAUGCACUGGUGCUGCAGAAACAAAUCUGAGGGAUGGCCGUGGGAGCCGAAAUGGUACGUCGUGAGGAGGAGGAGACAGACAUGUCGUUGUGGCGCUCUCAAGAUAAUGUCAUUCGACAUCAAGAACAAGUGAUGAAGCACGCGACUUGGAACUAAACCGGAGGAAAAGGAUGCAUGAAUCUUUAUGAUGAGUUAUGGACAGCCAUUGUUUGCAUUCUCCUUUUUUCUUCUCCUCUCAUUUUUGGUUGCAAAUGCCAUAGAUGUCACCUUUAUUUCAUUUUAGUCCAAAAAGUUUUAAGUUGAUAUAUUGUGAUACAUUCCUUCAUCAGGCGUUUGAUGGCAUAUCAUUUUUUUAUCUA